AGGCAAUUUCGCACCAAAAGAUACGGAAACGGGUCCCAAUUGUGAGCUAGCUACGGAUCUUGGUUUGGUUUGGUUGUGAAUCCGGGUGUUCUGUGAAGUUGUGUUCUGUGGAUUAGCCGGAAAAUUUAAUCAUCAUCCGCCUGGGAAUAAUCACUCGCUUAUUUCCCUUCACCAAUCCGCUGGGAAUCCUAUCGGCCUAAUGAUUACGCAGAAGAGAGAGGUUACGCUACUUCUGUCGAUGGUGCCAGUGAAACAUCGAAGCAAUCGUCGAUUGAUGUAUUAAUGCACAGCAACCUUGUUCCGAUUACGCUCCGAAUUACAGCCUAUGAUGGAAGACCCAUUUUUCGUGGUGAAAGACGAAGUAUUUAAAGCACUAAACAAGACUCGCGGGCUUUAUAUCCGUUGGCGUGAACUGAACGAUGCACAUUCGGGUAGCUCUACCGCGGAGGCCGAUUGGACGACAACGGAACUGAAAAAUUCCUUGCGCAGCAUCGAAUGGGAUCUGGAGGAUCUGGAAGAUACGAUCAGUAUUGUGGAGAAAAAUCCGAGCAAAUUUAAGAUCGACAACAGGGAGCUUUCAACACGGCGCCAUUUUAUCGAUGCGACACGCGAUGAGGUGAAAUCGAUGAAGGAUCGGAUGAGCAUCAGCCGCAACCGUGACCAGGAUAUAACUGCGCGGCAACCGCUGCUCGACAACGUGGAAUCGUCACCACAGAGCAAAAACUACAUUAACAACAAUAAUUGUAUCAUAUCAAACGGUAUCGUUGUGAGUGUCGGUCCGCCCGGUGGCCACAGCAACAUCAACAACAACUCGCACAGCUGCAACCUGAACAACAACAGCCAGGCCAACAAUCUCAACCUAGCGGAAACGGGUAAACAUCUGAUCAGUUCGGCUGGCGCAGCAAUGGCCUCCAGACACAGUGGGGCCAAGUACUCCAAACUGGAGAACAACCUCGACGACAGCCCGAGUCAUUACGUUCCGACGGCUUCGUCGUCCGUGUUGGAUGCAAGCUCAAGCCGUUUCGUGGAGGACACGCUAGCAACACAGCACCGCAUUCUGGUGGGCCAGGAUGAACAGCUCGACGUGAUCAGCGAUUCUAUCGGGACGCUCAAGACCGUGUCCCGUCAGAUAGGCAUCGAACUGGACGAGCAAGCAGUAAUGCUCGAUGAGUUUGGCAAUGAAAUGGAGCAAACCGAUUCCAAACUGGACGCUACAAUGAAGAAGGUUGCAAAAGUGCUCCACAUGACUAACGAUCGGCGGCAGUGGAUGGCCAUCCUGGUUCUAUCUAUAGCACUGGUAGUUGUGAUAGUAAUUUAUAUUAUUCUUUAAUCGAUACCGAUGUAAUAUGAUUCGGGUACGAGAGAAACCUUGGGGAUAUAUGCAUAGUUUAAGUAAUAAUAGUUCAUUUUCAAAUAUCAACCAUAUAGCAUGGUAGAAUAAUUUAUGGAACUAUUUAAACUUACAAAAAACAACAUUUACCAGCCGUAAUACAUCACACAAAUUCCCCUUUCGGUGGCCGCUAGCAAUCAGAACUGUAUUUUUGUUUGUGUGCAAUUGUGUGUGUGCGUGUUGUUUGUCAAAGCUCAUUCCGGACGCAUCCUAAAAUGUGAUAACCGUGGUAAACGAUUUUAUUUAAACCUUCAAUGAUUGAUGAUUGCUCAUUCGUUUGGUGUAUUAGCGAUUAUGAGUUAAAACUUUCAUCACUGACCACUAUCUGUUACCAGCACAAUAUUAUGUUUAGUGCUUUCUGACGAAGCAUUACUUUGUUGGUUUCUGUUGUCAUUUUGUCAAUGGCGGUUCCAUUUCAGAAUUUCGUGAUUCCCUUGGCAAAAACUAACAAUUUUGCUAUACAAAUGUGUUCGAUUCGUGUUGGAGAAACUGUUUAAUGGUUUUCGUUCUGUUUCAAUAGGUUAAGUUACGAUCAGUUCUAGUCAGUCAGGGUGAGACUCUUUCGUGGUUUCACUGUUAACGAAUAGGCGAUGCGAAGGGGUUCAGACUACUGUUUGAAUGGUUCGUUCUCAGCAUAUUUAACGGCUUUAUCUUAAUGUAUGUUACAUUCUUCUAUAGUCGGCGAACCAAAAGAGAAGUGUCGCCAACCAAACUAUAGACCGAAGGUAGUGAACCGUUGCGUAUAAUAGACGGGAGCUGCGUAGAGAGUACCACAAAACUAUAUAUUUUUCCAUGGAAUGUAUAAAACCUUUUUUCUACUGAUACUACUCUUAUAUACUACUCUCUUUUGAAACAGCCAAAUUUUUUGUAUAUUUUGAAAACGAAACCCAAUAAACAUCGAUCAAAAGGCGAGAUGGGGCAGGUAGCGCGAUAGCAAAAUGGAAAUCCGUUAACUGUAGGAAACAAAAUAUAUAUAAACUCUAUUGUAGUAGCAAACCAGGAAGUAGUCAGAAAAUGAGGCAUGUCUUCCUGCUAUGCGUAUGGCGGCAGAGAAGUGUAAAGGGAUGCAAAUCGAAGUUGAUCGACUUCCGGGUGCCGCUGAUCAUGUUUUCGAAAUUUCAACUAAUAUUUUUGACCCGUAGAAUACAUUAACAAAAAGACAAAACUAUGUAAAAACACAGAUUAUGAAAGAGUA